UGUUGUUGUUUCUCUUCUGCGUUUCUACCUUUUGUUCAUUCCGUUCUUGCUUCUUUCUUCUGCUUUAUAGCUUCGUUAUUCGCUGUCUUUGCCAUCCGCACUGCUUACUUUACGCUACGGGAAGCAGAAGCGUCCGAAAAAUACUCACGCAUCUCCCCUUUUAUUCAUCAGGCUGCUAAAAGCGGCUGCCAUUUCAAUUCUCACUUUCAGUUGAUCACUUUUCUCUUCUAAAUCAAGCGUCUGUUAACGUUUUUAUAUAAUUUGACUGCAUGUCAUUUUUAAUGUUCAUUUUAUCUCUUAAUAUUUUUUUUUUCAACACUUUGUUAUUACUUUGAUCAAAUUACGUUAGCCAUCCCGAGAUUAUAAAAUGCCUCACAUUCUUCAAACUGGGAUUUCUAUGCUAAGAAAAACCUGCAACACAAGCUGGAGUAAGAGUUGCUCGAGCUUUGCGAAGAUGAUGCGGGCAGUUUGUGGAGGACCAGAGAGUCUGGUGCUGCGCUCCAUCCCCAGACCUACACCUAAAGACGGAGAGGUCCUGAUUAAAGUCCACGCAGCUGCCCUCAACAGGGCCGACUUGUUACAGAGAAGAGGUUUGUAUCCUCCUCCUGCGGGUGAGAGCGACAUAAUCGGUCUGGAGGUCGCUGGAACGGUGGACGGUCUGGGUCCAAGCCUGAAGGGGAACUGGAAACCAGACGACAGGGUGAUGGCUCUGCUGGCUGGAGGAGGAUAUGCUGAAUAUGUUUCUGUUCCCGAGGAACUUUUAAUGCCGGCGCCCGACAACCUCACGUUCUGCCAGGCCGCUGCCAUCCCGGAGGCUUGGCUCACCGCUUUUCAGCUGCUGGUUUUCAUAGCGCAGGUGAAGCAGGGUGAAGUGGUGCUGGUUCACGCCGGAGCCAGCGGUGUGGGAACGGCUGCCGUCCAGCUGGCCCGUCUGUUCGGCGCGGUUCCCGUGGUGACAGCGGGGAGCCGAGAGAAGCUGCGGCUGGCGGAGAAGCUGGGCGCAGCGGCUGGAUACAACUACAAGGAGGAGAGCUUUGUUCAGGGAGUCCAUGACUUCACAGGAGGAAAAGGGGCGGAUGUGAUCCUCGACUGCAUCGGUGGGAGUAACUGGGAGAAGAACGUGAGCUCCCUGGCAGUGGACGGCAGAUGGGUGCUGUACGGCACCAUGGGAGGCAGGGCAGUGGAGGGAGACCUGCUGGGCAGGAUGCUGUCCAAGCGAGGCCGCUUACUCUGCAGCCUCCUCCGCUCUCGCAGCCUUCAGUACAAGGCGGACCUGGUCAGAGCCUUUGCGGACAGGGCGUUGCCAUGUUUCUCAGAGCAGCCUGCCACCUUGAGGCCAGUGAUCGACAGCACAUAUAAGCUGGAGGACAUCGCGGAGGCUCACAGACACAUGGAAGCAAACAGAAACAUGGGAAAAAUUGUUGUUACUGUGACUCCACAAAGUGAGGAGACUCCUUGAUUGAAACACAGCUGUGACGUGCUUGUUUGGCCAGAGUUAAUUAAUUAUGCAGUGCUGAGAUAUGGUUCAAUCAAUAAUAAAAUGGUCUAAAUGUGG